UGUUUCAAGAUGGUGACACCAAUUCAGUUGUCGUUUAGUAAAUAGAAUCUAUUUUAAAGUUAUACUCCCAGUUUUUGCUUGAUAUCAGUCUAUGUUUGUGUAGAUAAAGGAGCAUAUAAUUAAAAUGAUUUUCUAAAAAUAAUUUUAUAGAUGUUAAGUAAGCGGUUGAUUGAAAAUGUCCUGCGUUUUCAACAUCAGAAAUAUCUGCCUACAAGAGGAAUGCAGUGCUACUCUGGAGAAUCUGGUUCUUGUUCAUCUACUGGCGCUCUUCAUUGUAGACCUUUAACAACUCCUUUGGGAUUAGUCAAAAUUACUUGUGUUGUAAUAUCCUCAAUUUGUACUGGUGCAUGGAUAAGUAGAAAUGGAGCAGAAUUUCUGGAAGAAAAUGAAAUCUUUGUUCCUGAAGAUGAUUAAACAUCAAUGCGUUAUUUAAUCUAUUCUGUGAUUAGUAGUUUAUUCCACUAGAUUGUAUAAACUUUUCAUGUUAUUAUUUUCUUUAUCUUUCAAGCUUAUUUCUGUUGUUUAUUGUUAACGUUAAAAUACGCCGGUACAUGUUAGCCAUGUCAUAACACGUACCUUUGAACUGUUUAUUUAGUAUGUUAAAUGAUGAGAAAAUACAAUGUAAUUCAUUGACCAAGCACAUGUUAUUUUUUCGUCCCUUAGCUGCACUUUUUGAGUAAGGAUAUUGAUGCUAUUCGUUUCUUAAAAGUAAAUUAGACGUGGUAAGGAGUUGAAAUGGUUGAAGACGAAAUAGAAGAAGCUUUCGC